GAGAUUUGUAAAAGGUAACAAGAAAAGGAAGAGGAGAGAAAAGGAGAAGAGGUGUAAGGUUGUAGGUAGCUACGAAACAGUUGCUUGCAUGGGAUCUUGACUUGAAAGUUUACAAGUAAAAAAAGAGUAUUGCGAGAAAAAGAAUAAAAAUAAAAAAUAAAAAAAUAAAUUAAAGUACUAAAGAAUGACUGAAGAACUUCAAAUUUUUCAUUCAAAAUUCGAGUUACGUCUCUGUAUCCCUAGGUAUAGUCAUAGCGACCAGGGGUUGUUCGGCUCUUAAUUGAGGUGGAAUGUAAACAAAUCUUUUUUCGUGAGGACAAAGAAUAAAAAAUUAAUUUUGCAGUCUACAAGGUACUUGAGGGUUUCGAUUUUUUUUUUUUUUUUUUUUUCUAUUCUGUCUACCAUGCUUUCGUACAUACCUUGGUCGGAACGAAACAAUUUCUAUUCAUCUUUUACUUUUUACAAAUCCAAUUUCGUCCUUGUUUACAAGCUGAUCAGGAAACGGUAGCUUAAAUAGAUAUGUAUUUUUCUAACUCUGUCUACAUUCGGAGCUACUGAAUCGGAUGCUCAUCUUCUCUCUCUCUCUCUUUCUUCUUUCUUUCUUUCUUUCUUUCUUCUCUUUGUUUUCUAUUUCGCGACCUCUUCGGAUUACUACUAUAUAGAGACCCCCACUAAUUCGUAUAUCGAGGUCAUCUCUUUCUAUAAAUUCUUAUAGCGAAUACGCCAUUAGGUUAUUCCAUCAUGAUGAACCCAGACAAAGGUCGAUCUGAUCUCCGUCUCUGACGUGGCAACUCUUUAUAAGAAGUCGCUCACCUCCGUCAGUCUUGUAGGGCGCAACGAAACCUUUGCCAAAUACGCCAUAUCCUCGAAUCUUACUAAUAAGAUGGGCAAUACCAUUGGUAAAGAAAAGCAUGAAAAUGAAGACGAGUAUGUAAAUGACUUGGUGCGCUUGAUCGAUGGUGGGUUUCUAUUUCCUCACGGUGUUUACGCCUCGGAGCCUUCCUACAAAGUAUCAAUUGUACGAAAACUAAUGCUUGAACGCCGUUUAAUGCCAUUUUAUAAAGGACUCGAGGAAUACAAUGCAGGUUGGUCACCUGAAAAAGUUGCAGAUGUUGUUGAAAAGGCUUUAGGUUCCCAAAAAACGAUGACGUUACGGUCCGCCAUUCGUGAAGCAAAACUUCAUUCUUUAGGAAAUGCCAGGUCCCUCAAGCGUUCUGCCCGUUCACGUUCCAAUUCCACCCCUGGAAAUACCCAUGUUACUACCCAAGACAACCAUGCCCAAGCCAUCUCCACUAUUUAUGCUAAUGCCUUUGAAUGUCCCAUCUGCUUUCUCUAUUAUCCCCCAAACUAUAACUAUACUCGGUGCUGUGCACAACCAAUUUGCUCUGAAUGCUUUGUUGAAAUUCGUCGCCCUGACCCGCAUUUGCCAACAGUUCAUGCUAACGAUCCGACGCCGAACGACUUUGAUUUAAUUUCAGAACCUGUCAAAUGUCCAUACUGCAUGACGGAUCGCUUUGGUGUCGUUUACGUUCCAAAUCCUGCUCUGUCACGUUUCUCUUUUAACGCCCCUUAUCAAAUAGAUCCGGAAUCUCAUCCAUUGGCUAAGGAACUUGAAAAGCUCUAUAUUUCUGAAAAUGAACGACCCUGGGUUCCCAACAAGAAUGCCAAGUUUGUGUUUGACGACCCACGUGUCAUCACCACCGAUUAUAUUCGUCCAGACUGGCAAUAUAAUUUGGAAAAGGCCCGUCGACGUGCUCUGAGACGUGCUGCAAAUGCCACUCUCCUAAAUUCUCAUUUAUUGGAGCCGUCCCCUAAUGAAAGUCACAGUGAUAGUGUCUCUUCUUCAGAAAAUGUGAUUGGCUUGAGAGCUUCCCGUGCAAACUCCCAAAGGCGCACGUUAAGUAGCCGUAGAAAUCACUACCUUGCCAAUGUGGAACAGCUCAUGGUCGCUGAAGCUAUUCGACAGAGUUUGGAGGAUGCACAACAGACUACUACAGCUUCUACCGAUGAAACACCUUCUGUGGAAGAUGCUAAUCCUAUAGCCACCACCACUUCUGUAACUUCUAACCACUCCACUGAAAGAGUCGUUUCCCCUGAUGUUCGAGAGCCCAAUGAAGCUGUCGGCAACACAAGAGGGCCUUCUAGCAUCAAAGAGAGACCCCAUUCUCAGCAAAAUACUGGAAAUACUGUUCCUCGAGUUAAUCAUCAAACAGAAGUACUUCCUCAUGACUCACCUAUUACGGUUCGUACUACGAAUAUCGACACCUCUGGCCAAUUUGACUUGGAGCAGCAGCAAGAUCUUGAAGAACUUAUUCACAGUCCGGUAGCUUCUACUAAUCCAUUCCUUUCUGAACCUUUGGAUUUGACGGACUCGCAAGAUGUACGCCAAGGAGCGAAUUUCUGCUCACCUACGCUCAGCGUCUGUGAUGACGAUGUAAACUCUUCAAAUAUAACCAAAACCCCUUAUCCAUCAGUUUACGAACAUGCAAUUACCAGCGAUGACUAUAAGCGAAGUCACCAAUAUGGUUAACUUGGACUGAAUGAAUUGUAUAAAAAUUGUUCUUUGGGGUUUCCGUUACUGAAUUGUCUUUCUUAGUUGUUUGUUUAUUUCUUUAUUUCUUUAAUCUACUAAUUUAUUCUCAAGCCAAAUGUUCGACAUACUUAUUAGAUUUUUUUGAGUUCUGUGUGUAAUAGGCAUUUAUGAUAUGAAACUUUAGACUAGGAUUAUGCUUUUUAAUGAAAUCCUAGUUUCAAUAACAAAUCCUUCCCUUCGUGUGACAAAAGGAAAUAUUCUUGUUGUAUGAAAAUCACAAUCAUGG